AUGAAGUUAUCACAAUUACAAGAAUUAGCCAAGAAAGUGCAAUUAGAAAUAAAAUCGGAGGAAACAGAAUAUUUACUAACCAGUUUUUCCAAAUUAGAGGAAAUGUUGGCGAAAUUUCAGCAAUCACAGUUGAAAGAUAGUCAGCCUUACCAAAAACAAACCAAACUUACUUUAAGAAAUCUCCACCAACUAACUAAGGCUUAUUCAACCCAUUCUAUUAAGAAAGAAACUGUUCGCCUAUUUAGACCCAAAGGAGACGGUGAAGCCAAUGAGUUAGAAAGCCUUCUCAAAGAGCAAAUUUUUUUAGUUGCCUGUGUUUUAACAAUUGCUAUUUUUUGGGCAAAUCAAAAACCAAAGGUGACAAGGAACAAGAAAAAAAUAUUAACACCUUCGUUCUUAAAAUAUUUUGAUAUGACAAAAAAUGACUAUCCACGGAUUAAAGACCCUAAUUUUUUCACCAUCAGUGCCGUCGAAUUAGCCCAAAAAUUACUGGGUAAAAUACUGGUUCGGAACCUUAAUGGUCAAAUUAUUAAAGUGAAAAUUGUCGAAACCGAAGCCUAUAUAGGAGAUCCACAAGGAGUAUUAAUUCGCGCUGCUGAAACGCUUGACCGUCAUACUGUCCCAGUUAUUUCUCAGCAUGACAAAAGAAAAAAAUAUCAUUAUUACACCAACGGUCCAGGAAAAUUAUGCCGGGCAUUGAGUAUCGAUAUUAGCCUCAAUAAUGUUGAUUUAACUACUAGCAAUUUAAUUUAUUUAGAAGACCAGCCGGAACUUAAUCAAGAGGAAAUCGUUGCUACUAAAAGGGUCAACAUUGACUACGCAGGAAGCGAUAAAGACCGUUUGUGA